UCCACACACUCGCAGGUAAAGCCCUGAGCUGAGGAUGGGAUCCCAGUACCCCCACCCAGGUCCUUUCCUCCUUCCCUCCCUCCCUGGCGCCCAUUAGCUAGCCCAGGCCGUGGAGGCGGUGGCUGCGGAGACUCCUCUCUGUGCCAGGCCCGGCCCCCGGAGACGCACCUGUUCUGACCUGCUGAGCAGGUUCCCAGGUUUCUGCCUUCGUUGUUGGCCACGGCGUGGGAAGCAGCUCUGGGGGAGCUCAGCGCUCCCGAUCACGGCUUCUAGGGGGUAGCCACGGCUGGGUGGGUAGAACCAGGCCAGGUCCCCUAGUGGAGACCCAAGCAGGAUAGGCAGGUGCGUCAGUGUCCUGGGACUCCACAGUUUCCUGCCUUCUCGGUCAGCACUUUAUCCGGCUGUAGAGGCGGCUCCCAGGGAGAACCGGUGGAACUUCAGAAUCUCUGGGCAGGUCUACUUUUCAACCAAUGCCCCUGUCCCUGGGAGCCGAGAUGUGGGGGCUUGAAGCCUGGCUGUUGCUGAUGUUCCUGGCAUCAUUUACAGGCCGGUGCCCCGCAGGUGAGCUGGAGACCUCGGACUUGGUGACGGUCGUGCUGGGUCAGGAUGCAAAGCUGCCCUGCUUCUACCGAGGGGACCCUGAUGAGCAGGUGGGGCAGGUGGCAUGGGCUCGGGUGGACGCGAACGAGGGCACCCAGGAGCUGGCACUACUGCACUCUAAAUAUGGACUUCACGUGAGCUCGGCCUACGAGGGCCGCGUGGAGCAACCGCCGCCCCCAAGGGACCCCCUUGAUGGCUCUGUGCUCCUGCGCAACGCCGUGCAAGCCGACGAGGGCGAGUACGAGUGCCGUGUUAGCACGUUUCCUGCAGGCAGCUUCCAGGCCCGGAUGCGGCUCCGAGUGCUGGUGCCUCCACUGCCCUCACUGAUUCCUGGUCCACCACUAGAAGAGGGCCAGGGCCUGACAUUGGCAGCCUCCUGUACUGCUGAGGGCAGCCCUGCUCCCAGGGUGACCUGGGACACAGAGGUCAAAGGCACAACAUCCAACCGCUCCUUCAAGCACUCUCGCUCAGCUGCUGUCACUUCAGAGUUCCACCUGGUGCCUAGCCGCAGUAUGAAUGGGCAGCCACUUACUUGUGUGGUCUCCCACCCUGGUCUGCUCCAGGACCAAAGGAUCACUCACACCCUCCAAGUGGCCUUCCUUACUGAGGCCUCUGUGAGGGGCCUUGAGGACCAAAAGCUGUGGCACGUUGGCAGAGAAGGAGCUGUGCUCAAGUGCCUGAGUGAAGGGCAGCCCCCUCCCUCAUACAACUGGACACGGCUGGAUGGGCCUCUGCCCAGUGGGGUGCGAGUGGAAGGAGACACUCUGGGCUUUCCCCCGCUGACCACUGAGCACAGUGGCAUCUACAUCUGCCGUGUCAGCAAUGAGCUUUCCUCGAGGGAUUCUCGGGUCACCGUGGAUGUUCUUGACCCUCAGGACCCAGGGAAGCAGGUGGACCUAGUUUCGGCCUCAGUGGUGGUGGUGGGUGUGAUCGCCGCGCUCUUGUUCUGCCUUCUGGUAGUGGUGGUGGUGCUCAUGUCCCGAUACCAUCGGCGUAAGGCCCAACAGAUGACCCAGAAAUAUGAGGAGGAGCUGACCUUGACCAGAGAGAACUCCAUCCGGAGGCUGCAUUCCCAUCACACAGACCCCAGGAGUCAGCCGGAGGAGAGUGUAGGGCUGAGAGCCGAGGGCCACCCUGAUAGUCUCAAGGACAACAGUAGCUGCUCUGUGAUGAGUGAAGAGCCGGAGGGCCGAAGUUACUCCACACUGACCACAGUGAGGGAGAUUGAAACACAGACUGAACUGCUAUCUCCAGGUUCUGGGCAGGCAGAGGAGGAGGAUCAGGAUGAAGGCAUCAAACAGGCCAUGAACCACUUUGUUCAGGAGAAUGGGACCCUGCGGGCCAAACCCACGGGCAAUGGUAUCUACAUCAACGGGCGGGGGCACCUGGUCUGACCCAGGCCUGCCUCUCUCCCCUAGGCCUGGCUCCUCUGCUGACAUGGGGAAUUUCAGCUCAUCUAGGGGGCCUCCUUAAAUGCCCGCAUUUCUUGAGGAAGGUGCUUCCCACCCCACUGACUGCUCAACCUUUUCCUCCAACUCUUCUGUUUAUUGGGAGUGCCCCACUCUUUGAGUUCUUCCCACCAUGUGUGCAGGUCACUGUGUGUGUUCACACACAUGCUCAUGUGUGUUCACUUUAUGGUGUGUGUAGUGCAUGCCUGCCAACGUGUGUGUGUGUGUGUGUGUGUGUGUGUGUGUAUAGGAGUGAUGUGUGUAUAGGAGUGACUGUCCACGAUGUAUCUCACGAUGUAACGUUAGAGUCGCAGUGAAUAGUGGUAUGUGUGUCACAGGAUUUGGGUGGCUGCAUUAUGGAACACUGUCAGGGUUUAGUUUGUGUGUUGUGUGGCUGUAUGUGACCUCUGCCUGCAAGUGCAGGUACUUUCUUCAGACCCCAGAGCAGUAUUAGUGAUGCAGAGGUUGGAGUUGAGAGGUGGAGACUGUGGGCCAGAUCCAGGUGUGCGGGCAUAGCUGGAGCUGGAAUCUGGCCUCUGAAGUGGGGGAGCAAGUUUCCCACCACUUGGGAGCCAUGGACCAAGUGUGAAGCCACCGCCAAGGGGUCUGCCAGAGGCUGGGACUGUUACAGAAGAAGCCUCUGCCCUCUGGUGGCCUGUGGGCCUGCUGCAUGUAUAUACUUUUGUAAAUAAACCUUCACAGGGAGUUUUUAGAUUAUUGCUGUGACUCCCUUAAUAAGAGAGGGGAAAAACAAACCAAACCAAAACAAAAAAAAACAACAACCUUGAAAAGCCUUUGCAUCUGGUUACUGAGCUUUCUUUAGUGAGGCCAGCCUACAUACGCAUUCAGCAAAGCUGGAUCUCGUGCACACCCCAUCCCAAGGUUUUAUUCCUGUGGUUGUGAAAGGUGUUCCUUCUAAGGUAUCUUCAGCCAGGGGGUCCCUGGGGAGGGAGCCUGAAAACUGGUGGACUCAAACCGAUAGCAUGAGUCCCCUGGCCACUGGCUAAGGGAGGAAGGGGAAGGUGCUUGGCCUUAGUGGCCCUUCAACUCUUCUCCUAGCCUCACCUCAGUUUUAGUUGUAUCCAGUUGUUUGUGGUCCCUUGGGUGAGUUGCUGGGACUUGGUAACAAGGCCUCCUGGUUCAAUUGUGGUGUUGGGGAAAGAGGGUAGUGAUUGCAGAGCAAGGACGGGAGUUCACCUAAGGGGAAGGAGGUGCUGGGAUGAGACUGUCUCCUUUCCUCUGUGGAUUCUGGAUCAUUAAUUCUGGGUUGCUCUGGCCGUUUCUCUGCGUGAGGACUGGAACUAGAUUUUUUUUUUUCCUUCGUCCCACCCAAACACACAGCCAGAAUACUGCGAUUUAGUGCCCAAAAUCUGAGUGGCCUCAAAUCUGCUGGAUUUCUGCACUAAAGGAGAGGCUUCCAUACCCUGUUCCCCAGCCAGCCCAGGACUUUGUGGAACUCUAUGAGCUAGGAUCCUAGUAUGUACAUUUUGUGUAAAUAUGUGCAUAUUUAUAUAUAAAAUGAUAUUCUGUUUUUAAAUAAACAGAUAAAACCUGUUCUGUCUGGUUCC